GGAAAAGAGGAAGAUAGCUGUUUCACAUGACAGUAGGCAGAGAUUGGCACGUGAUGAAACAAAAUAAAAGCAAAGCAACCAGGAACUCGUCAUAACCUUCUUUACAGUCAUGAGUGCACAGGUCAUGAUGCUCGGGAGCUUGCUGUUUGCUGUGUGUUCUAGCACAGCACUGGCCCAUUUCAACACAAAUCUAGACCAGCACUGGGAGUUGUGGAAGAAGACACAUACUAAGUUUUACUCCAGUAAGGUUGAAGAACUGGGAAGGAGGGAGCUAUGGGAGAGAAAUCUUGAGCUUAUCACCCUUCACAACCUGGAGGCCUCCAUGGGCCUGCAUUCAUAUGACCUGGGCAUGAACCACAUGGGUGAUAUGACAACAGAGGAGAUCCUGCAAACGUUAGCCACAAUUCGUGUGCCUCCUGGCUUUAAGAGGCAAGCACCAGAAUUUGUGGGCUCUUCUGGAGCUGCUGUCCCAGACUCUCUGGACUGGAGAGAGAAGGGAUAUGUUUCCAGUGUGAAGAACCAGGGUGCAUGCGGCUCAUGUUGGGCGUUCAGCUCUGUUGGGGCUCUUGAAGGUCAGCUGAUGAAGACCACAGGAAAGCUGGUCGACCUCAGCCCUCAGAAUCUGGUGGACUGUUCCUCCAGUUAUGGCAACUAUGGCUGCGAUGGUGGUUUGAUGAGUGCUGCCUUCCAGUACAUUAUUGAGAAUGGUGGAAUAGACUCCGAGUCAUCUUACCCUUAUGAAGCAGUGCAAGGGCAGUGCAGAUACAAUCCAUCCCAGCAUGCAGCAAACUGCACCAAGUACUAUUUUGUCAGUCAGGGAGAUGAGGAGGCCCUGAAGCAGGCUGUUGCUAACAUCGGGCCCAUUUCAGUGGCAAUUGAUGCCACCCGCCCUCAGUUUAUCCUGUACCGCAGUGGAGUUUACAAUGAUCCAUCCUGCACCACAAACAUAAACCAUGCAGUGCUGGCUGUGGGAUACGGUGCGAUUGGUGGACAGGAAUUUUGGCUGAUCAAAAACAGUUGGGGUACUGGAUUUGGAGAUGGUGGCUACAUCCGUAUGGCCAGAAACCAGAACAACAUGUGUGGCAUCGCCUCAUACGCCCUUUAUCCGGUUAUGUAACUGAAAACACGUUGACUUCUAUGGAUAUAAAUAAGAAAUUUAUUAUUUCAUAAUCUAACUUCUUAGCUGUAAAUGUGUGUUCUAUACUUUUUUAUUUUUAUUUCCAAAUGUCUUUUAAAGGAAUCCAAAUGUAUUUUAAUAAUGUCUUAAAAUAUAAAUUAACUAUUUUAAAUAUUGAAAUAUUUUUUUCUUAUAAAGCAUUACAAGGAAAAUAGCUUUCACUGUAUUCAAUAUGUUUACAAAUGACUUGGUUUUAUUCAGUGCAACAUCACAACAAACAGAUUCACAUGAGGUAUUAAAGGAUUUUUCAAGAUCAGC